GGAAAGUGAGUGGUGUGAGUGAGUGACAUAUUGGUUCAUAUCCAAAAACUCCUAGAUUCCUUAUCUUUAUUGUCUAUUCACUGUAUUGUAGUUCCGUUUGUUGCAUGUCUUGGUGGAAUCCCGACCCCAACACUACGAGCCAUGAUGUCCAAGAUGGUAGAUCCAGAUGAACAAGGUGUUCUUUUUGCAGCGAUCGCUACGCUAGAGACAGUUUGUACGUUGUUAGGAGCACUUGUGUUCAACUCUAUCUACCCCCUCUUCCUUCACAUCGACAUGAAAGGAAUGGUGUUUGUUGUAAUGGCAUCGUUCAUGUGUAUAGCUUUUAUUCUACUAGAAGUUGUGAAGAGAAAGGACAGGAAACACAAGGCUGCGGAAGUGCAAGAGACCAAAGACUAGCAACACAGAUAUUCAUUAUCCCAAUAAGAUUACCUUAAGGCUUGUUUGGAUUCAUUUACCGGGAACGAAUAGAGUACAUGAUGAGAGCUUUUGAUUUGAUGAGUAUAAUCAGCUAAAACAAGUAAAUUAGUUAACUCAGUGGAAGUUCAUUUUGUAAUCUUACCUUAUUACUGAAAGGUAAUUCAUGAAUUGUGUCAAUAAGCUGGUACUUAUUUUCUGUGUAAACUUAUGUUGUCUUUUAUUGAUCGAAUAACGGUACUGUGUACCAUUUAAAGUUAAGAACCAUCACACGUUCCUUUCGUAAAGAUGAUUGCGCGCGUUAUCGAUUUAGGUUACCAAAACGUCGCGAGCUUUUGAAGAAACUGCUUAAUGAGUCGUUAUUUCGGAAUCGUGUGUGGAAACAGCGAGAGUGAUCCUACGAGGAGCCUCGGACUCUGUAUGUUUAUGAUUUUUUUGAUCGAAAUCAUUGCUAUUUUGUUAUCCAUUCAUUGUCAUUGUAUCAAAUUGAGAUCAAAAAACCUCUAUUCUAUUGCUAGUAUAAUGUUUAUUUUUUGACACAGGUUUGCAAUGAAAUCAUYGCUUAUAGCAUGACAAUAUUGAAUGGGUGACGAGUUCUCAAAAUUGUAAGAAAAAGUAGUUGAUUUUUAUGAAMAAUUAUAUAUAAUUGUUAUAAAAUCAAGAAAGAAGAGUAAUAAUUCACAAACGAGUUUCCUUCUUUUUGUCAAAAGGGACGGCAAGGACGCGCGCGCAUUAUUUAAUAUUUGAAGAAAUGUUAUCCAAACAGAAUAAACCAAUUUAACCAAUGAG